UAUUUAAGAGUUCUGAAUUAAACUAACAGUGGUUCUGUGCCAUUCUCAAUGAAGAACUCCAUUUGUAGAACAACAAAACAAAAACUCUUUAUAUAAACCGUUCCUUCUUCAACUUUCCUCUAUCUUUUAUUCUCAUAUGAAUCUCUCUCAUCUUCACUGUUCUUUUCUUAGAAAAUAACAUUACCCGUCUCUGGUUCUUCACUAAAAAGAGUCCCGUUUUUCUAGUUGAAAUUUUUUCUAAAAUAUCAAAUACCAGUAAUGUCGUUGCUUGUUUUUCUUUUCCAAGUUAUAGCUUUAUCGGUCUUGUUCUUCUCCGAGGUGUGUCAUGCCGGUAAAAACAUUCCGGCGAAUUUUGUGUUCGGAGAUUCAUUGGUGGAUGCCGGAAACAACAACUACUUAGCCACAUUGUCAAAGGCUAAUUAUGAUCCUAAUGGGAUCGAUUUUGGAUCACCUACUGGGAGAUUCACCAACGGAAGAACAAUCGUCGAUAUCGUAUAUCAAGCAUUAGGUUCCGACGAAUUAACUCCACCGUACUUAGCACCAACAACAAGAGGAUAUCUCAUUCUUAAUGGCGUUAAUUAUGCUUCUGGCGGAAGUGGAAUCCUCAAUUCUACGGGAAAAAUAUUUGGAGAGCGUAUAAAUGUGGAUGCACAACUAGACAACUUUGCAACGACAAGACGAGACAUAAUUUCUUGGAUUGGUGAAUCCGAAGCGGCUAAAUUAUUCCGGUCAGCAAUUUUCUCGGUUACGACCGGUUCAAACGAUCUAAUCAACAAUUAUUUCACCCCGGUGGUGUCAACCGUUGAACGGAAAGUCACAUCUCCCGAAGUCUUCGUGGAUACAAUGAUCUCAAGAUUCCGAUUACAACUCACCAGAUUGUACCAAUUUGGUGCGAGGAAAAUCGUGGUGAUUAAUAUUGGUCCCAUUGGUUGUAUACCGUUCGAGAGAGAAACUGAUCCAACGGCUGGAGAUGAAUGUUCGGUUGAACCAAAUGAAGUGGCACAAAUGUAUAAUAUCAAGCUUAAAACCCUAGUAGAGGAUUUAAACAAGAAUCUACAAGGUUCAAGAUUCGUCUACGCUGAUGUUUUUCGCAUUGUUUAUGAUAUCCUACAAAAUUAUUCAUCUUACGGUUUUGAAAGUGAGAAGAUUCCGUGUUGUUCAUUACUUGGAAAAGUAGGUGGGCUUAUUCCAUGUGGUCCAUCUUCAAAAGUAUGUAUGGAUCGUUCCAAAUAUGUGUUUUGGGAUCCUUACCAUCCUACCGAAGCUGCUAACGUCAUCAUUGCUCGGCGUCUACUCUCUGGCGACACCUCUGAUAUAUUUCCAAUCAAUAUCUGGCAACUUGCUAACCUCAAGAUAAAUGCAUGAACCGUAAUAAAGAAAACCUCAUCUAUAUAGGGUUGGGCCGGUCUGCUAUUGGCAUUUGCAUUUUGAUCUAGUUAAGUUUGCUUCUUUUUUUUUUGUCUUAUGAUACAUUUUUAUGCUUAUGAUAUAUGUGUAAUCUCUUGAAAGGUUUAGUGUAGCUGGCUUUCGAAUGUUGAGACAUUAUAUUUCUUAGUAUUUUUUGGUUAGGUUUAUAUAUCUAACCAAUGAUAGAAAUUAAAUAUAUCCAACAUUCUUAUGUUCUUUUGAAAAGCAUUUUAACUAUAGU